UCUUACCUUCAGCACCUUGGAGAGUGACAUGAUCACAUAUUCAAAACCAUUAAUUUGUCGAGUUACAUUUACUGUGUCUCUUUAAAUGGCUAUUAUUGUUUGAAAUGUGAAUCUCAUGUUUACCAUUCAGGCGCCAAGUUAGAAAUCACAGUAAAAGCAGACCUCAGCAUCUGUUUGUCUGUCUUUACAAGUAAUACGAUUUCAAUCCACAUUCAUUAUAUAGACAUUUCUGCAGUUUAUUUUCACGUCCCUAAGUGCCGCUGUUGGUUAGUGUGACGAAAAUAAGGGUCUUUUCCUGAGUGAAGUCCUCUCUCGUCUGUCUGAUGCGUUAUUGGAGCUCUGUUUUAAUCGGAACUAGACUGACAAAGCCAGCACUCAGCAAUAAACACACGAUCAAAUAUUUGGUCGGAUUUUUACAGGUGGUUUUGUUUUUGACUUUCGGAUUUUUUUGAAGGAUCUCGUCAUUAUGGGUGUUCUUUGUCAUAUUUCCGGAAAAAAAAUGUCCUGGUGGCCGCUGCUUCUCUGCAUUUGUGUCGCAGAAAUGGCUCUCGGACAGGUCCGUUAUUCUAUACCUGAGGAGAUGGCGAUGCGCUCGGUUGUCGGGAAUAUCAUUCAGGACCUAGGCUUGGAUGUUAAGCGACUGAAAUCUGGGCGGGCUAGGAUAUUUACCGAGGACGGCAGUGAGUACAUUGGUCUGAAUGCAGAAAAAGGAACUUUGGUAGUGGCUAAAAGGAUAGACAGAGAAGAAUUAUGCAAGCAAGUGUCUCCCUGCUCUCUCCAUUUCCAAAUCAUCCUUGAAAAUCCAAUGGAGUUGCAUCGAAUUGAUGUAGAGAUUACAGAUAUUAAUGAUAAUGCUCCGUUUUUUUCGAAAAGGGAAUACAGUUUCCAGGUUAGUGAAUCUGCCUCACCGGGGGCUCGCUAUUCACUUGAGAGUGCCAAAGAUCCUGAUGUAGCACAUAACGCCAUUCAAACAUACAAACUCAACCCUACAGAUCAUUUCAAAUUAAAUGUUGUUUCUCGCCCUGAUGGCACAAAAUAUAUUGAAAUGGUCCUUCACACGUCACUUGACAGAGAAAAACAAGAAGAGCAUAAAUUAACGUUGACAGCAUUUGACGGUGGUAAUCCUCAGAAAUCCGGUUCUGUCAAAAUAAAUGUCGUGGUUUUGGAUGCAAAUGACAAUUCACCAGUAUUUAGUCAGUCUGUUUACAGAGUAACCGUUCCUGAGAACGCUUCUAGGGGCACUGUUAUUUUAAGGGUCAGUGCCACUGAUAACGAUAAAGGAGCAAACGAAGAGGUGGCGUAUUCGUUCUCCCACCAUACCGAUGGGGCAUCAUCUCACUUUAAUAUGGAUCCUCAUACUGGGGAACUGACAGUUAUUGGCAUGUUAGAUUAUGAAAAAGUGAAACAUUAUGAAAUAGAUAUUGAGGCUACAGACAAAGGAGGGUUGGCCGACACAAGCAAGGUGCUAAUUGAGGUGAGCGACCUAAAUGAUAAUGCCCCUGUCAUAAGCAUAAUUUCUCUCUCCAAUCCCAUACCAGAAGAUUCGGCUCCAGAUACUGUUAUAGCAAUGCUCAAUAUCAAAGACUUGGACACAGAUAAAAACGGCCAAGUUAAGUGUUUUAUUAGCAAAGAGUUACCUUUCAAAAUCAAGUUAUCCUCAACUAAUUUUUAUAGCCUGAUGUCUGACGACGUUUUGGACCGUGAAACGGUAACAGAAUAUAAUAUAACAAUAACAGCAAUGGACGAGGGUUCCCCGCCUUUAUCCACAAACAAGACUAUUAAUUUAAGAAUAUCGGACGUAAAUGACAACGCCCCAGUGUUUCCACAACCAUUUUGCACCGCUUUCAUCAUUGAAAAUAAUUCACCUGGCAUGUCACUCAUCUCUGUCAAAGCCAGUGACAAAGACUCUGGGAACAAUGCGCGCAUUUCCUACUUCCUUGAAGAUAGCCAACUGAAUGGGAUGUCAGCCUCCGCUUAUUUCUCAGUAAAUGCAGAGAGUGGAGAGAUACUUGCGGUGCGUUCCUUCGACUAUGAGCAAACGAAAGAGUUCCAUAUUCGCGUCAAAGCGCAGGAUGGAGGCUCCCCUCCCCUCAGUAGCAACGUGACUGUAAAAAUACUGAUCCAGGACCAGAACGACAACCCUCCUCAAGUUCUGUACCCAGUCCAGACUGGUGGCUCUCUGGUGGCUGAAAUGGUUCCUCGUUCAGCAGAUGUGGGCUAUCUGGUCACUAAAGUGGUGGCUGUUGAUGUGGACUCUGGACAGAAUGCCUGGCUCUCCUAUAAACUGCAGAAAGCCACAGACAGGGCGCUGUUUGAAGUGGGCUCACAGAAUGGAGAAAUAAGAACUAUCCGCCAAGUCACUGAUAAAGAUGCUGUGAAACAAAGACUGACUGUUAUGGUGGAGGACAACGGGCAGCCCUCUCGUUCAGCUACAGUCAUUGUUAACGUGGCGGUGGCGGACAGCUUCCCUGAAGUGCUGUCUGAGUUCACUGACUUUACACACGACAAGGAGUACAAUGACAACCUGACUUUUUACUUAGUGUUGGCUUUGGCUGUAGUUUCCUUCCUCUUCAUCACGUGUUUAGUGGUUAUUAUAUCAGUGAAAAUCUACAGGUGGAGACAAGAGCGCGUGUUUUACAAAUCCAGUGGAAAUCUUCCUGUUAUUCCGUAUUACCCGCCCCUUUACGCAGACGUAGGAGGUACCGGUACGUUGAAGCAGGCGUUCAGUUACGAGGUGUACGGAACGACUGACUCCCGUAAGAGUGAUAUCACGUGCUCUCGACCCUUCAGUCAGAGCACUCUGAGUGUUGAUCACAGUGCUACCAGAACAGUGCCAAGGCAUAAGACAGAAUCAGAGAAUACACUCACAGAGCAAAAGCCCCCCAACAAUGACUGGCGCUUCACACAGGGACCGAGACCCGGACCUAGUGGCCCCCACAUGCCAUACGGUACACACAUACGAUGGACGCCGAAGAGUGGGACAAGGGCAACUGGAGGACCUGAGGUUGCCAUGGGAACUGGCCCCUGGCCCCAGCCACCAACUGAGGCUGAGCAGCUCCAGGCCCUGAUGGCUGCAGCCAACGAAGUCAGCGAGGCUACGGCCACCCUGGGACCUGGCACCAUGGGCCUGAGCACCCGCUACAGCCCCCAGUUCACCCUGCAGCACGUGCCCGACUAUCGCCAGAACGUCUACAUCCCUGGUAGCACGGCCACCCUCACCUCCAACCCCCAGCAGCAGCAGGCCACGGCCCAGCAGGCCGCCCAGCAGGCGCUGCCCCCGCCCCAGGCCUCGGCCCAGCCCGAGCCCCCCAAGGCUGCCCAGACCCCUGCCUCCAAGAAGAAGUCCACCAAGAAGGAGAAGAAGUAGAGUUGGAUGGAGAGAGGUAGAGGAAUACUAAACCUGGCCUGAUCCGAUGAGAAAUUCCACCCCCCAUACCCCCCCAUUAGGUAUCUUACUGCUCUGCUGUCAGUCAUGUUAGCCACGGUCUAAAUAAUGACAGCAAAUCACUUUUGACCACGUGGACGUUGAAUGGAUGUUGAUGGUUCUUUGAAAUUGUCUUGAAUGUGCUGAAGGCUUUUGUUGGUGUUGAUAACCCGUGCUGUGCUAAAGGUCUAGUAUUGCUCACAUAAUCUUUGUCGUGAGAUCAUUUUGGCAGGGUAUGGGGGGUAAUUGUGAUGUUUAUUUUUAAUUUUUUUGGCAAAAUCAAGAAAACUUAGACAAAGAGAUUCAGUUUAAGAACCUUGCUUGGAUGACAAGGCUAUACACAUUGAUGUAUUCAGAGAUGAAAUGUUAAUGUCUUUCAUGUUGGAUUUAUUGUGCUCUUUCCCUGAGGUGGAAAGUCCGCUAUUGUAAAGUACGCUAGUUGCCAUCCAUUAGAUUCCUAUAUAGGGUCAGCCUUGCAGGGUCUUAAACCAUAAGUCUUGUGGAUAUAAGGCUGUUGUUUGACAGGUAUUAAACAAAUCUUCUGCAUGCUCUUUAAGGUUCAAACUACAUUUACUAGGUUAGAGUUACAAAACUAUGCAUUGCAAAAGCAAAUAGGACAUCCUUAAUCUGUUAUCCUCACUCCAAUCGCAGGUCAAUAUAAUGCACAUGUAGCAUUUUUGACACAAAAUGAGAAUUACUUUUGUAAUCAUAGUUUAAAAAAAUAAGAUUUUAUUCUCCUGAUAUUUUUAUGACCUGAGCAUGCACCCAGAGGAAGGGCUGGCAGAGGGUGUUGUCAUGGAGUUACAAGCCAUGCAGGUGGUAUAGCAGCAGGGACUGGCUUCUUGUAUAACACCUCCAGAUGGGCACAAACAUGUCCUGCUGCCCAGCACCCUCUACCCUCCCCUCCUCACACCCAUCUUGUGUCCUCCCCUCACUCACUACCCUAUGUUGAGAGCCAAACAAAGAGAAAUGCACUGUUCGUAUUGAUGAAGAUAAGAUGAUGUAGGGGUAGUAAUCACUUUAAAACGCAUAGAUGUGGAAAACUUACAUGCUUAGGAGUCUCUAGACACUUUGCAGGCCUUUAGGGCCUCGGCAGAGUAUUAACCCUCACUAUCCUGAAGCGUUGAAGAAACUUCUUGAUGUGACCCAGUAACAUGUUUUUUUUUGUUUAUCUUUGGGAGAUAAUGAUUCGAUAGCAUAGAGGAAUUGUUUGUAAAACAUAUGAAGUCUUUACGUUGCCAUCUAUCUGUCUGUCAGGCCUCUGGCCAGAAACAACUGCAUGAGAAAAGGCAGCUUGCAGGCUGGGUCAGGGGGGUGGAAAGGGUGUGGUGAGGGGUACACAGACUGAGGUGGCAUCAUUACAUCGACCAGGGGGUGGUAAACAACCUUGGCUCUAUCCACUGAAUGUACAGAGGAACGACUGUUGACCUGUCCACCCCUUAAACUUUCUCGAAUGCACUGACCCAGGUAGAGGUCAACAGAGCCCACAACAGCUAUCCCUGUUGGUGAGGAAAUACGACUCGAGAGCCCUUUUUAAAUAUCCCUCCUCCAUUGAAAUCAAUGGGAAACCUUAGCCCCUCUACCACUCACCGCUGCCCUCCUCUCCCUGAUCCCUUUGAGGCUUUUUCCCACUGUAAAUAAACACAAGUCCUGUCAAUGGUAUGAGCCAGUUGUUUGUAUAGUAGGGACCACGUCCAACAUUUUCAAAAUAAAAGUCCCUCUCCACAAGGCGUGGCUUACUACUGGAAUGUGUUGCAUUUUGUUUUUCAAAAAAAAAAAAGAAAACCACAGUAAAAAAAAAAGAUAUCAAUAACGAAUAAAAUCUGAGAUGUUCAACAGUUUGUGUUG